GCAGCCUUAAAUACAAGCAGAUAGGAAAGUAUUGGAGACUAAAUCUGCGGCAUCGGGAAGCAUGUCGGGUCCUGGUGAGGCGUUUCCCGGCGUGGUGGAGCUGAACGUGGGCGGCACGAGCUACAGCACGUCGUUAGAGACGCUGCGGCGCCACCCGGACUCCGUCCUCGGCCGGAUGUUCGCUGCGGGCCCGAGGAGCGAGCCGCCGCGGGACGGUAAGGGUCGGUACUUCGUGGACCGGGACGGGCAGCUGUUCCGGUACGUGCUGGACUACCUGCGGACGGACCGGCUCCUGCUGCCGGCCGGGUUCCCGGAGAAGGAGCGGCUGCGGCGCGAGGCGGAACACUUCCAGCUGAAGGACAUGGUGGCAGCCCUGUCCCAGAACGCCACCGUGCCGCAGUGCCCGCAGUGCGGCCGCGCCACGCUAGCGCCUCUCCAGCACAAACCUGCCGGGGAGACCGGCGACUCCGCCCCGCCCAGCCCGGCCAAACAGGACGGUAAGAAGCCCGGCUUCAUCACCAUCGGGUACUGCGGAACCUUCGCGUUCGGGCCGAACGGCGUGACGGACGUCAAGUUCCGCAAGCUGGCGCGCAUCUUCGUGUGCGGCAAGGUGAACAUGGCGCGGGAAGUCUUCGGCGACACGCUGAACGAGUCGCGCGACCCUGACCGCGGCAUGCCGGACCGCUACACCUCCCGCUUCUACCUGAAGCACACCUACCUGGAGCAGGCCUUCGACAUGCUGGCCGAGGCUGGCUUCGCGCUGGCGUCCGCGGCGGCGAACGGGACGGGGUACAGCAACGUGCAGACCGGGCCGGGCAGCACGGGCGGCGUGCACGAGGCGGAGCGCGCAUGGAGCCACUACAACGAGUUCGUGUUCCAGCGGGAGUAGGGCUGAUGCCGGACCUGCACGUGUGCAAGGAACGGACAAUGGGAGCUGCACCUGGUGACCCGGUCCUACACAUGCACUCACACGGACAGGGCAUUGGGAAUUACACGUGAACUAACGGGAGAACUGGCGUCCAUGAUAUCAACUCUCGUGAAAAACAAGAAAACAUUCAUAUAAACGUUACGAAAAGGAAAGAGAAGGAAAGAAAGAAGCAUCUCCGGCUGGCUGACUUCCCUGCCCAGA